AUGGAGCAGGCCGGAAUCGUCACAAAAGUCGACGAGCCUACUGAAUGGCCUCACUUUGGACUAGUGCGUUCCUUCGGUGGAGAUGAGUCUCUUCCAACUAUAAUCAUCUUCGCGCAGAUAUUCCGCCUUUUAAGCAUGUAUACACCUGUUAAAACGGCGCUACGUGGGAGUGUGGAAGGUGUGCCAGGCCCUGUGCUCGUCGGCGUCAACGACACAUUCAAACAGACCAGAGAAGCCUGUAAGCAGCUCCUCCUGGCCGACAUGCUGUCCCGUGCCACAACCAAGACAACGGCCUGCAACCUCGACAGCAACGAUGCAGAGGUGCAUGCCCGGCUUGAUGAGGUUCUUCAAACCAUCCGCACCGCCGGUCUGUCUCUGAAGCCCGAAAAAUGUCGCUUUGGCUACGAUGAGCUUAAAUUUCUAGGUGAUAUUGUCAGCAGCACCGGUGUGCGCCCUGACCGUUACAAAGCCAUGGCAGUCGCUCUGUUCCCGAUACUGAAGACAAAGCCAGAUGUCCGCCGAUUUUAG